AUGUCCGUUAUGUUUGACCCCCGUGGAAACUUGCCUCCCACAAUCCACCCAAGCUCGUACUAUCAACCGCGAAGCCAUAGACGAGCCACUUCCUAUGUUGUGUCUGCAAAGAAGACCAAGAAAAAGCAAUGUUAUGAUUGGAUCUUCUCGACAGCCUCCAAUGUCCACAUCGCCAUCGAUCGUGCUUCCUUCAAGACAUACGUUUCCUUCAAGUCAUAUGUCCUCGCGGUUUCUGAUCGACGCCAAGUCCCGGUUCGAGGCAUUGGGACAGUCGAACUCAAGCUCUGUCGAGAACCGGGCAGUCGGGAGAACCACACUAUCGUUCUGGAAAAUGUUUUGCAUGUCCCCGAUUGGCUCUGCAAUGUUGUAUCGGACAUCUAUUUUGUACCUGCCGCACACUAUGAGCACACAUGGACCGAGUUUGGCGUCAACCUAUUCUUCCGUGACAAGGAGAUCUUCAAGCCUUGGGGUUACACAGAGAGUUUCUGUGGUCUGGAUCGACUGGUGCUCUCAAAGAACCAUCAAGGACGCAGCCCUAUGCUGGAAGAUCCUGAAAGAGAAGUGUUUUCCGUGAGCUUGACUUGGCCGCAGAGUCAGAAGGACAAAUGGGAUGGCGUCGUUGCCGCAGACAUGAAAGAGAAAGCCACACGCGUGGAAAACGCUUACAAGAAGAAAAUCGCCGAGAACGAGAGGAAGAGUUUGAAACGAGACGUCAAGAGCAAUCUGGGAGAGAUCACCAAAUAG